CACGUUCUUAAGUCAGACUUGUUAUCAUGAGGUACGAUAACAUAGCAAUAGACAAGGUCUCCACACAUAAUGCCAAACAAAUUUAUAGGGCGCUUAUAAUUUUUCGUCAUCAUUGUUAUCAUUACUUAACCACUAAUGACUCCAGACUGGUGAAAGAUAUUUAGCAUGGUGUUUUGCUUCAUUUCAGUGAUCUCACUGCUGUCAUCGUUUAUUUUUGAAGUUACAGGAUUAGAAUGUUAUAGUUGUGACGAUGUCCACCAAAUUUCUGAAUGUAAAGUGUCUAAAGUAUGUGACCAGGCUGACCAGGUGUGCAUAACAGCAGAAAAUAUCAACGCAAAUUUCCAAUUUUCUUAUAAGCUAGGAUGUGCAAGAAAAGAGUAUUGUGGACAAAAAAACAGAAAUCUAAGACACAUCUGUUGUACCACAAAUCUCUGUAACAAAUACAAUUUGAAUACAACACAGUCAACCACCAUGGUUACAAAACCACAGUAUACCACUACUGUUCGGCAGAUCACAAAACAACCAGCGACGAUGCAGAUAACACAAGCUCCAUCUACUACAAAAUUAACUAUUACAGUCCUACCAACUACAGUAAGGUUACAGCAAACAUCACCAAAUAAUCAAUGCACUGGACAUGGUUACCAUCUUUGGAGAGCUCACUGUUAUUUCAUAAUUGAUCUUCCUGAAAUUUGGGCAGGAGGGAAUGUAGGAAACCACCACUUAGAUCCUUGCCAAGCCCUUAACAUGCAUAUGGUGAAAAUAAACACAGACAGCGAGCAUAAUGUGAUUGUAAAUUUUGUUAGGAACAUAUAUAAUUACCAAGGUGACGUUUGGCUGGGUGGUUCAUAUCAUCAAAACACUUGGAUGUGGAAGAAUAGUGAAGAAACCAUAGACGUCCAUGACAAACAUUGGAAACCAGGACACCAGCAUCUACAUUGUCUUGCUUUACAUGGACAUCAAUGGGUUACCCAUCACUGCAAUGAGAAGUACAAGACCGUGUGUGAAAAAGUCAUAAAAUAGGUGGAAUAAAUAAACAAUUUUGAAA